AUGGAUCAGCAAAGACGGCAAGGGAAAUCACCAUUCACUCCCGACAUCGCCGGAGCCCGAUUGCUGGACAACUGGAAAAACUUGGCUUUAGAAAAGUACGAUGGAACCGCCGACCCUGAAGAACACCUUGAUGCAUUCGUUACUCAAGUCGGGUUAUAUACCGAUGACGACGCUAUCAUGUGUAAUUUUGCCACAAGCCGACCUCAUCAGCUCACCUCGAUUGCCUUGGUCAACAUCCGCCAGGAAAAGAAGGAACCUCUAAGGACCUUCAUGGAGCAGUUCGGAAAGAUGACCUUGUCGAUCCGAGAUCUAGACCCAGCAGUGGCGAUGCACCACCUCACCAGGGCAUUGAGGCCAGGCCCCUUUGUAAACAGCCUAUGUAAAAAGCCGCCCCGAGAUCUGGACGACCUUAGGCAGAGAGCCACUAAGUACAUGCAGAUAGAAGAGUUGGCCAAGUUCAGAAAUCAGAACCGAUCUGACCUUUUCCUCGGAAAGAAAGAAGCUGAAAAGGAGCACCCUCCAAGGUCUCGUCCCCGAGACGCACCCGAUCGAGAAAGGACCAACAGGGGGCCCCGAUAUGCACAGUACACGCCGCUCAACGCCAACAGCACCAAGGUGUUGGAGCAGGCCUUGGCCACAAAAAUCCUCGCGGUGCCCCGCCGCGCUAUGACUCCACCCCACGUGGACAAGACCAAGACAUGUGAGUUUCACAGGAACCGGGGACACACCACGGAGGAAUGCACAGCUCUCCAAGAUCGCAUUGAAGAUCUUGUCAAGUCUGGCCACCUUCAAAACUUCACCCAACCCUCAAGCAAGAAGAAACACGACAGUUACCAUGAUAACAGGAGGGGGAACCGUGAAAGAGCACCUCCAAUGCUUAGAUCCCGGGAAUGA